CUUAAGAGAGGACACAAUGAAAACUGUACCAUGUCUUAUUCGAUUUCUCUUCUUUUUCUCUAAAAUCACACGAAUGGAAACACGUUCCUGGACCAUAGAUGUGCCGUCUUCAGUGAAUGGACUGCCUGGAUCGUGCGUGGUGAUUCCCUGCUCCUUUAACUAUCCUGAUCCACAGAAGGACAUCAGUGAAUUCACCGGAGUUUGGACUGAGAUGGUGGGAGACAUCAGGCAGAAGAACUGCUCACUAAAGAUUGACCCUCUUCAACAAAGCGACCAAGGGCCUUUUCAUUUCAGGAUCGAAAUGAAAGACUUUGAAAAGUUCUCUUACAGUGACAAAACUGUCUCCAUAAAAAUGAUACGUGCAAGUCCUGUCAAUUUAACUGUAAUGGAAGACACACAUAAUCCACUCCUGAUUGCUUCCUGUUCUGUCACUCACUCGUGCCCCACUUCUCCUCCUGUCUUCCACUGGAAUGGUCCAGUGAAUAUAAAUGUUCAAUACAAAGCAAAUGUAAAGGAGGGAGAAGCUGUGUAUCUAAAGUGCAGCUGUGACGCCAACCCUCCCGCCAGCAGCUACGAGUGGCAUAACGACCACGGCGCUCGGCUGCACGAGGGCAGGAUCUUUAUCCUGACGAAUGUCUCUAGACACACGGGGCCCUUGUACUGCAUUGCCAUAAACGCCAUAGGAAAAGCAACAUCAUCACCUGUCCAGCUUGAUGUGAUGUGUGUAGAUCGAGAGAGACGCUUCGUUCAGAUCCACGUCAACCUGUGGAGUCCCUUCAAACCGUCAAAGCAGCUAGGUUAA